CCCAUCCCAACGCCAACAGAUUACUCGCGCGGUGCUGCAGUUUCAGUACUACCGGAGGCAGCAGCAGCAGCAGCAGUAGGUAGGAAGAUAGCUGUCACACUCAAAUGGACCAAAACGGCACCGUUAAUUCCCGUCAUCGUCGAUCGCCCUCCUCUGACAGAUUUCUCGGCGUUUUCUCUCCGACCGAACGAAGCACCGCUCUCAGUGCUUCUGGAGACAACUCUGCCUCCGGCGACGAGCUUAACGAAGACGACGUCUUCUGGACUGGUGACUUUACUGAGCCUCGUGGCCGGUCCUCUUCCCCUUCCUCAGUCAUCAACAUGCGCCAGCCCUUCCGGAAGCCGGAGAAUUUCGGUAUACUUGCUGCCUUGUCGGAUGACCACCGUAACCCCAACCAAUCUUUGCUCUACAGGAAGGCCUCUCUCUCUCCCUCGACGUCGUCGUUUAACAAAACCCCACUUUCGGCUUCACCUACUCAACCGUCGCCGUUUUCACGUGCGAUUCCUUCUAUUCCGAAACCGCAGCAGAACUACAGCACCUACUCGCAGUCGAUGCCAGCAAGGAAGUUCCAACAGUCGGCUCCGGUGAAUGUGCCGAUGAUGCCGAGAAAGGUGAGGAACGGCUCGCUGGCUGACGUGGAUGUUGAUGAUAAUGACGCCGACGAUGAGAUGCUCCCGCCGCACGAGAUCGCUGCACGAGGAUCGGCGGCUGGGUCUCCGAAGACCACGUUCUCGGUGCUUGAAGGCGUCGGGAGAACUCUCAAAGGCAGAGAUCUUCGUCAGGUUCGCAACGCCGUCUGGCGCCAAACAGGUUUUGUCGAUUGAAAAGCUACGAUAUCUGAUUUUGACACAAAUAUACCCGUAUAAAUUGGGGUUUUUCGGACUGAGAAGUUUGAAUUUUUGCUAGCUUUUCAGAGGCCUAAGAUACAAUUGCUGUUGUAGUCAGCCGGGGACUUCAAAGGUUCCCCAUUUUGGCGCAUCGGAGUUAUUAUAGUGCUGAGGAUGUUAAAUGUGUUAUCUAUAAGAUUUUGUUGCGGAAGAAAUUCUUGUACCAUUAUGGUACAACCUGGAUAACAGAUACUAGUCUUGGUAGAAUUAAGAAGGAAGAACUUCUUUUUUCUGAAUUUCAAUCAUCUUCAAUACUUGAGGGACUAAUAAUAACAAUCGACCAUCCUCAAUAGUUAUCCUACUAGUUAUAAGGUUUGAAUGCUCAAAAUGAAGAAAUGAAAAUGAAGGAUAAUUGUUAGUUGUAAUAGUGGCUUUUAAGUUAUGGUAGGCUAAGUAUAUAAGCAGGUUGCUGCAGAUUAACUAGUUUUGCAAGUUAUAGGUACUUUAAAGUUAAAAAUCAAGGUCCACCUUUUCAAUACAUCGAUGCCGUAAGCAUUUGUACUCUGGUAGAGAUGGAGGAGGCAGAGAAGACUGCCUUCUAUUAUAAAUUUGAGUACAUUUCAUGUAAUUUCCAAUGUGUGACUUUGUGAUCAAUCCACUUUGGUUUGGUAGGUUACCAUCACACACUCAAUUCCGAGUGUGGAUAUACUCUAAUCGAGUUAAACUUGGAUUACCUGGUAGUUUUCUAAAAUGUGUUAAUUAGUUGUGUAAUUUGAAAUAGGAUGGCCUGUUAGUUACUGUAUUGUCUUUUAGUCUUUCUGUGUUGCUUAUUUAAUAGUAUAGAAGGGUAUUGAUUGUCAAGAAAAAGAAAUACAACUACUUAGCACCUUGAUAUCAUUUUUGAUUUCAAAUAAUACUCUAUCCAAACAAACAUGCUUCCCGUCCAUGUUGUAACUGUAUUUAAUGGAAGUCCAAUGCAUUAACAUCAAUUAAUGUCAAAUGUGGUCUCAGGUAGAGGCCUGACAGGUAUUCAGCUGGUUCCUUUGCAUGCUCCAACUUUUGUACUAGUUCAUUGGAGAACUUGAAUAGAUUUUGUUCAGAUAUUGUUACUUUUUCCUGUUGGUAAAUUUUAGUAAUACAAGUGGGAGAUAGUCACUGUACAUUUUAUUCUACAUUUUAGACUGCAAAGUGUGUCCAUUUAGGAUAUUAGUGGUGCAAUGCUGAGGAAUGACAAACUUGUGCUGGACAAGAUUAGAGAAAGAAUAAUAAGUAGGUAAUGACAUUUUUCUUGGUGGUUGUGUAUUGAUGUGACCUAGAAUGGAAACUCAAAGGAAAUGCUGGUAGUCAACUCUUACAGGGAUCUUCAAAUUACUCUGAUUUCACUAAAUGUACGGUCGGGGAUAUUCCAGAUGCCGCUGUGUUGUGGAUACAUAUUAGUUGUAAGAGAACAAGAUUAUUUUUUUCUGAAAGUAGCAGGCCUGAGCUAUGCUUGCUAAUUAUGCUGUAGCUGGAAGGAGUACAAUAGUUUCUCUUCUGAUAAUUAUGUUUACAAAUUUCACAAAAUGUACAAUAACUUUUAUUUGAUUUGUGUGCU